GCCAUGAAACCAGCCUACUCUGUGACGCUCCGUACCUCCGUCUCCGUCACCCACGUUGGGAACCCCCGGUUUCCAUCUCUGUCCCACGCGAUUGGGUAGGAUACCACAUUUUCACCGCACCGUGAAUGAGCGACAUAACAAUCCACACACAAAUCUAGUCGCAUUGGAAACGUCGUAUUGUUCGUUGGUUUUCAAGUUCAAACAGCGCGGCUUCGCGGUUUGACAUUUGACACGAGGAAUAGUGGUUGGCGGGCCUGCUAUCUUCUGUGGUUCGCGCGGCGGGUCGCGGGUUUGUUCGUGGUGGCAAACUACGAUACGUGUCUGGGAUCGCGCGCUAUCAGGAGACGUUUUUUCCGACGGCGUUUCUGGUUAGUGUGAUUCAUGAUUCAUCUAUGAGACAACAUGUGAAAGUCGAAUUGGCUGGAUUCCCCGCUGUCCGGAAAGACUAAACGCAACAUCCUCCAAAACAGUCAGCGGCUUCCCAAGCAUCUCCCCCACAAGAAAACCAUCUCAGACCAUUUUCCCACACAUAUGCAUCUUCCGGCAUCUCUCUCCACCUGCAACGUUUCAGAAGAAGCGUGGCCGAAGAGCACCAUGUGCGAUCCAACGUCCGGCUACUCCAAUCAGGAGCUGUGGUGGACCCAGCCCAUGGUCAGCGAGAUCCAGGCCGAGUACCCAGGAGAACUAGUGAAAACGGGCAGUCCAUACUUUAUGUGCUCGGUGCUACCGAGCCAUUGGAGAUCCAACAAGACGCUGCCUGUGGCCUUCAAGGUGGUGUCCUUAGUAGACGUGGGGGAUGGUACCCUGGUGACAGUCAGGGCGGGAAACGAUGAAAACUGCUCUGCGGAACUGAGGAACGCCACAGCUAUCAUGAAGAACCAGGUGGCGAAGUUUAACGACUUGAGGUUCGUUGGGAGAAGUGGCAGAGGAAAGUCCUUCUCCAUUACAAUCACAGUAUCAACAAAUCCCCCACAGGUGGCAACAUACAAUAAAGCAAUCAAAGUCACCGUAGACGGUCCACGAGAACCCAGAUCUAAGACUGGUGCUCACAAUACCUCAUACAGGGCGAUCGGCAUAGGCCAAAGGCCCUUCUUAGAGACCCCUUUCACCUCACACUUACGGGACCUAGAAACGUACAAAAAACGCGGAGUAUCUUCAUCGCAAAACAGCGAUGGUUCUCACAAUUAUAAACAAGAGCCUCAAGACCAUUCCAUGUCGAAUGGGACGCCUCCCAAUUUACCAAAUACUUGGCCAGAGUAUCCACAGUACACCUCCUACAGCUCCCAGGGACCUUACUAUGAUUCACAUCAAGAUAUCCAUGCAUCUGCUGGACAUCUCCCAACAGUUCUACCCGAGGUACCUCACAACGAAUACAUCACCACCUCCCUAACUUCACCUCUGAUAUCUCCAUCGACAAUGUACAACAACCCAAAACAAGAACUUGAACCGAUAAUGCCUGCAAACCCAAGGUAUCCGGACAACUCUUAUUGCCCCAACAAUUGGGGCCCCUCAAACCCCACCUACCCUCAAAACUACAACUACACCGCCCCUACUGCAAACCAACAAUAUCCCCCACCACCAGUUGUAGCGAUCUACCCCCACCUUUAUUCAACAGUCAACCAGAACCAGAUACACGUGCAUCUGCAUGGUAGCACGGAGAAUAUCGACAAAUUUUUCACCAAUCCUGAGGUAAUGAGUGGGCCCACACCAAGGGCAAUAGAGUUGCCUCCAGUUGUUGCCACGGAAAUUGCCGCGGCAACAAUCAGCGACAGUAUGCAGGACAGUGAAAGAGAUCAGCCAGACCCCUCCAACGUUUGGAGGCCCUAUUGACCUAAAAUAGAGUGCAGUGGUCGUUGAUAUUGUGAGCAACGUGGACUCGCAUUGUAUAUAUCUUUAUUUUUAUAAAUGUUGCAUCGAGAUGAAGUGUAAAUUGCUCGAAAGACUGAGAUUCCGUUUUUUUUUCCAGCAGGUUUAUAAAUCGUGCCAAUUUUUGUUGCUUUGCUAUUUUUGAUACUAUUGGAUUGAUUUUCGAACAUUCCAAACUGGUUUUAACGAAUUCUGAGGGCGCAGAAUGUUUUGUGCUCCAGAUAUUCUAACUUCAGUUGAAUUUACACUUUUAUAUAUGUCUCUAUUUUAUUUAUAUCUUCCUACCAUGUCAAUUCGUGAAGUAUUGUGUAUUUUGGUUAUGUAUCAGAAGAGUAUGGUGAAAUACAUAUCAAACACUUGUGAUUUUACAUAUUUUCAAAUAAAUUUGGAAAUGUUUACAUUUGGAAAUUCGAGUUGAUGAAAGAUAAAUGUUUUCAAUAUGA